UAAGUGUCCCUUAGCCCAGGUAGUCCCCGCGGGAAACAGUAAAACGUAAAUCCGGCGCUGGACGGCAUGGCACAGUAGCUUCAGCAUUCAGUUCUGGGCAAUUCCGCCGUUUACUCCCUUCAACAACCGCCGCCAAAUCUCUCUCUCUCGCCGCCGUGAGUCACCGCCAUGUCGUUUUCGGCCGUGACUCUCUCUCGCACUCGCUUGUUACCUCGACGAGUAUUCGAAUUUCCUUCUCUCAAUCUCUAUUCUGCACAAAAAUCGACGCUGAAAUUCGCAUCUUUCGAAACUCAUCAUCGCCUUCAAGCCUCUAGACGAGUCAUCAAUUUUCCUCAGGAGAAUGGUCAUCUUGCGGAUGAUCCGCGCAAUUGGAGCCGUUCGAUUGAGUUCGGUAGACGCGAUGACGGUGAAGAUGACGAUGAGGAAGACGAUGGUGAAGAUGAAGAAGAAGAUAGGAGUCUUGAUCUGUUGAUCAAGUUUGUUCAGAAUGUCUUCAAGAAAGUCUCGAGGCGAGCUCGGCGUGCUGUGCGAUCAGUUCUUCCUAUUGGUAUCCCUACGAAAUUGAUUGGGUUUUCGGUCAAUGGAGUGCUAAUCCUGGCAUUUUUGUGGGUUCUGAAGGCGUUUCUUGAGGUGGUUUGCACCCUUGGUAGCAUAGUGUUUGUGAGCAUCUUACUCAUCCGUGGAGUCUGGACUGGGGUCAUCUAUUUACAAGAAAACCGCAGCAUGAAGGUAAACGAAUUUGAAGAUGAGAACAAUGUAUGGAAUGGUGCGCAGCCUGCAACUUAACAAUUGCCAUGGCUGCUUCUGGGAGAGGCUCCAUCUUGUAGAUUAACCGAAAAGUAAUAAACUCCCCACAAGGAGGAGGCCUUAUGAAUCGGAGUAUUUGAGAAAAGAUGGCUUCGGGAUGUUUCUUGGUCUUGAAAACAUUGUUCUUGAGCUUUCAUUGAAUCGUGAAUUCGACCGUGGCUUACCUUCCUGAAGAUCUGUAACAAGUUACAUUUUUUAUCAUGUUAUAAUUGUAGAGUACUUAGUUCAAAAGCAGGAAAGUAAAUCAUGUUGUGUGGUUGCUAAAUCAACCUUUUUGUAUCAUCACAUAUCAGAACCAGAGUGUAUUGUUGACAUGAUUUUGCCACCUCAUAAUUCCUUUUGUCUUUAUGACUUAUCUCCAGUUAGU